CAGCAGCUCUGACAGCAACUCUGACAGCAACCCUGACAGCAACUCUGACAGCAACUCUGACUGACAGCAACUCUGACAGCAACUCUGACAGCAACUCUGACAGCAACUCUGACUGACAGCAACUCUGACAGCAACUCUGACAGCAACUCUGACAGCAGCUCCAAUAAUCUGCCCUUCACCAUGUCCUUAAGGGUCCUGUACAUGGCUGUGCUUCUUUCUUCUCUUCUGAGCAUUGUAAAGACUGCAUGCCCUAAAGCUCCCUCAAAGGGCAGAGUCCUCCGUCCCUCGAACUGUAACUCUUCAAUACCAGAUUGUGAAAUUCGAGAGCAUCUGGAGUCUACCAUCACUACCCGGGUUGUGCCUUCAUUGUACACUGUGGUGUUUUUCUUGGGCCUUCCAGCAAAUGGAAUCGCUUUAUGGGUGCUUAUCUUCAAAGCAAAGAAGAUGCCAUCCACUGUCCUAUUGAUCAACCUGGCCAUUGCAGACUUGUUGUUCAUGUUGGCAUUACCCUUCAAGAUAACCUACCAUUUCAUGGAAAACAACUGGAUUUUUGGUGAACCUCUUUGCCGGAUAGUUACAGCCAUGUUUUAUGGAAACAUGUAUUGCUCGGUGUUGUUUCUCAUGGCCAUCAGUAUCGAUCGCUACAUUGGUCUGGUUCAUCCAUUUUGUGCCAAAACUCUGCAUAACUUGAAACACUCCACAUGUGGAUCUGUUACCAUCUGGCUUGUGGCUAUAGCUUCUGUAUCGGCAUUUAUCCUUGUGCCACAGACAAAACGUUAUGAUGACCCAAACAUAGUAACGUGCCAUGAAAUCUGGGUAAUCUGUUCAGGCUAUGACUGGUACACGCAAUACUUUUUCGGACUGUUUAUUGGGGGGUUUGUCGUUCCAUCAGUGGUCAUUUUAUUCUGCUACGUGCUGAUCUUGGUGACGAUGGCAAGAAAAAGAGGAUCUUACAGACGUGUCAUAGGACUUAUAUCGCUGGUGCUUGUCAUGUUCAUCGUGUGCUUUACACCCAGUAACAUUUUACUCGUACUUCAUUACUUGGAGACAAAUUGGAAGAGUCAUAACCAACUGUACCUUUGGUAUGUCCUGGCGCUGGCCUUGACGUCGCUUAGUAGCUGUAUAGACCCUUUCAUCUAUUGUUUUGUUUCUAAGGAUUUCUGGACAUUGGUGAAAGAUACACUUUGCAUUAACUGGAAAGGAUAUAGCGUGUCAUCAGAAAGCACAAAGAGAUCUAAGCUCACAUCGUCAUCGGAUAAAGAGAUGUUAGGAUCUGGGGCGUAACAUUGUAACUUCAGGGACUUCCGUUUUGACAGUCACAUUAGUCCCUUUCCACACAUCUGAUGAUGUCACUAAAAGCAGGCUCCUUAUAGUUGGCAUGCUUCUUUUUUACCAAAGUUUUUCCAUAUCUUAUGCCAGACAUACAAAUAUUGUACAAAAAAAUGUAAUGUACUUAGUGGCAGCCUACUCUGAGCCCAAGCACCAUGCUUUUUCACUCCAUGACAGGAGAGUAUCUGGCUGCUGCUUAUUCCCCUGGGGUAAUAGACAUAGGCAGGUUUGUAGGUGAAUUGGUGUAACAAUGCCAGCUGGUCACAGGACGGCAGAACUGAACUUCAUCCGUUGCAGUUGCCUUUCUUUUUGCUCUAAUUGGGACUUCCAAUACUAGAUAUUUGCAGGACUUACAGUAGGGCUGAACUGUAUGAAAGUAUGUAUCAAUGCAAGCAGGUAACAUAUAAGAACAGGAAUUUGCCAAUGGAUGACAGAUCAAAAAUGUUGAUCAGAUGGAUGAUGGUAAAAAUUAAUGAUGAAAAUGGCAGCAAGGACAGAAAAAAACUAACCCUAACUAGCUUUCCCCGAAUCUUUCCCUCGAUCUAUCCCUAAACACUGACCUUAACACUGACAUGACUGUCCCUAAAAUAUCCCUAAAGAAAACAAUAAUCUGCAAAACUGACACAAAGAAAUGGGCUCAUGCAUACUACGGAAUAUCCUCCUGGUGAAAAUUCGGAUGGGAAUUCUGUGUGCAGCAGGUGCCACCGUAAUCCAUCUACAAUGUAGUUCCAUUGACUGCAGUGUAGUUUCAUGAGGUAUUCUGGUGAAAGAAUAAACAUGUUUUGCCGUGAAAAUAAAGCAAUGUGCAUAGUGCAGAAGAAUCCCAUUGAAGACAACUGGAGGCUGGUGCACCGCAAUUCUCAUUUUGGUGCAUCGGGAACUCUGUAGUGUGCAUGGACCUUAAGGAAGUUACUAAAACAGGGAAAAAAAAUGAAGACCAAGGCAGAGCAAUACUGCACUAAGAGGGCAAUGCAACAAGAUCAAACUAUGUAAAACAACAACGACUACUAAACUAGACUAAAAACAAAACUAGGCUUGAACAAGAUACUGGAGACAUACAAGGAAUACUGGGGGAGAUUUAUCAAAAGCUGUCCAGAGGAAAAGUUACCCAGUUGUCCAUAGGAACCAAUCAGAUUGC